UACAUGUGACAACAUGGAUUCCAGACCCUCUCUAACGGAAGAUGAUUUCUCCUGUCCUGUGUGCUAUGAUGUCUUCAGGGAGCCUUUACUCCUGGCCUGCUCCCACAGUAUCUGUAAGAGCUGCCUGUACACCUUCUGGCAGCAGCAAACAGCUCUAGAAUGUCCUAUCUGCAGGACCGUGUCCUCCACCCCUGAGCCUCCGGUCAACAUCGUGCUGCACAACAUGUGUGAAGCCAUACUGAAGGAGCAGACCCGGCGGAUGUCAGUUGAGAUGGAGGGGCUCUGCAGUAUCCACCAUGAAGCUCUUACUCUGUUCUGUGUAAAGGAUCAGAGGCCUCUCUGCACCAAGUGCAAAAACUCCAGAUUACAAAGCAGGCAGUCUGUCUGCUCCAUACAGGAAGCAUCACAAGACCUCAAGCAGGUUCUCCGGAUGAAACUGAAGCCCUUAAAUGAGAAGCUUAAAAUAUAUGAGGCCUUCAAACAAUCCUGUAUUAACACUAGAGAGCACAUUAAGAAGCAGGGCCAAAACACAGAGGCAAUGAUCAGGAGGGAAUUUGAAAAACUUCACCAGUUUCUCUGGGAUGAAGAGGAGGCCCGAAUAGCUGAACUGAAAGAGGAAGAGGAACAGCGAAGUCAGAUAAUGAAGAAAAAGAUUGACAAAAUCACAAUUCAAAUAUUCAAUGUUAUGGACACCAUCAAUGCUAUUGAGAAACAGCUACAAGGAGAAGAUUUGCCAUUUCUGCUGAACUACAACACUUCACUUGAAAGAACUCAAGCCAAACUAGAAAAUCCAGAGAAAUUAUCUGGAGUUCUGAUUAAUGUAGCAAAGCAUCUGAGCAACCUGAGCUACCAAGUGUCAGAGAAGAUGCACAGCUUUGUUCAAUACACCCCUGUUGCACUAGACCCCAACACUGCCCACGCUGGCCUCAUAGUCUCUGAUGAUCUGAUCACGAUGGCGUAUAAAGGCGAGCUUCAGCCACUUCCUGAUAACUCAGAGAGGUUUGAGGGUUUUGUGAGUGUCAUCGGCUCUGAGGGCUUUGAUUCAGGCACACACUGCUGGGAUGUCGAGGUUGGAGACAACACAGCUUGGGCUGUUGGAAUCAUCUCAGAGUCUGUGUAUGAGCACAAAGAAAAUCUCUCACGGUUUGGUUUGUGGUAUGUUGGCUUCUGCAAUGACAAAUAUGGUAAAGGAUAUUCACCUGAGACACGAACAUUGUUGCGGGUUAGUGAGAAGAUCAAGAGGAUCAGGGUUCAGGUGGACUUUAACAAGGGCAAGGUGAUCUUCACUGACUCAGCCCAUAACACCUGUCUGCACAUCUUCAAACAAUCUUUUAAGGAGAAAGUUUUUCCUUACUUUUACAGUCACUGCAAACUCCAUCCUCUGAGAAUAUUACCAGUCAAGUCCUCAAUCCCCAAUCAGAUGGACAGUUAGAUAAUGUAGACCAGACAGCACUAAACUCAGGCAGAAUUUUAUAAUGUUGUCUAAAUGGUAUUUUACCCCCAGUAUUAUUAUGUACGUUACAGAUGAACAGAUGAUUCCUUACAAAAAAAAGAAAAUUUCUGUGUGUGUGUGUGUGUGUGUGUGAGAGAGAGAGAGAGAGAGAGAGAGACUGGCAGUUUACGUGAAGGUGAAUUCUCCUACCUUGCAUACAGUGAAUGAUAUACAUUGGGGUCUUGCCUGAGUAUUCACUCCCAUUGGUGUGAAAUCCUUGAAUUAGUUCUUUUGGAAAGUAACAUGAUUACACCAUCAAAAUUUUAAUAUUAAAGAAUUGCAUAUUCUUUAUUAACACAUGUUGUCUUUAGCUUAGUUUAUGGCCCUAGUUCUUUUCUGCAAAAUGUUCAAUUUAAUUACCAUCCACAAAACCAUUUUAACUUGUAAUUUGAAUUCUAAACUUAUUUGGUGGGCCAGAUUAUAGCCUUUAUCAGGUCAGUCAAAUACCUAUUAACUUAAUAAUUUACUCAGAUAUUAUGUUUAAUUAGUAUGUUUACUCUUUUAUUUUACUUACUUUAACUUUACUGCUUGUAAACUUAUUGUUUUUAAUAUUGUGAUGUGUGUGCAUAGAUAGAUAGAUACGUGUGUGUGUGUGUGUGUGUGUGUGUGUGUGUGUGUGUGUGUGUGUGUGUGUGUAUACGUAUGUAUGUAUGUCAGCCCUGCAAUAACCUGGUGACUUGUCCAGGGUGUACCCCGCCCAGGGGCGCCGCCAGAAAUUUUGGGCCCCAUGAAAGAUUAGAAUUUUGGGCCCCCCAACUUUGCCCACCCUCGUCACAAUUGCACUAUUGUCAUUAUUUGACUUUUGAUAGCCCAUGGACCUUGAGUUUGUGACUUUGUUAUUACAUUUUAUAUAUUAACCUACCAGGGACUAGAUGAAAACUGGUCAGUGACUAAUUCUGGUGCAUUUACAAUCACAAAUGAAAAUUCAAGAUUUUGCCACAUGCCUUCUUGUGCUAGGACAAUUGGUAGUGAAAUGUGUGAUGUGACACGUUCUAAACCAAUGGUUUAGAACGUGUGAACAUUCCACACAUGUAACCAUGUCAAACACUUGACUGGUGUCCGUUAUUAGCAACACUUUAAUCUAGCAAACUGUAUAUGGCGCUCGCUCAUUAAAAACUUCAAUCCUAAAGCAUUUAUGGGUUGUAUUGCUGCUUACCUCCUUCUCCAAAGGGGGGUUCAGUGGUUUGGUAGGGCGGAGGUCCCCCUGAGGCUGAAUCUGUGCAUAUUUAGGGCACCCCAUUAGUUAUGAAACUGGUUAUUAGCACUAGUUAUUAGCACCAGCAUAACGUAAUAUUUCAUCUUGUUUAUCACACAAGUCAGUUCAGUUAUUAAAAUGGAAAAAAUGUCACUGUACAAACUGUAAAAGUGUUCUCUUGAUAGGCUAAUCCAACCACGUAACGUAGCUAUCGCUCACAUGUGUGUUCAAAAUACUAGUGAAUGGUAAAUGAACAGUAUGAACGUGGCACGUUCAUACUGUUCAUUUACCAUUCGCUAGUAUUUUGAACACACAUGUGAGCGAUAGCUACCUUUCUUUGGGAAAAACUGAGUGACCAGUUGCCUGCCUCUCUGGUCCCUCUCAGCUUUCAGCUGCCUUUCUUUACGUUUUUGACAGCCACUCUUCAUAUUUAGCGAUCAUAGACUGUACGCACUCCACUGCUGGCUGGCUGGCUGCUGCACCGCGACACAGCAAUCACGCUUCUACCAGAACUGGACCGUACCAUUUCGCAAAAGGGGGAGGGUUAAAUGACAAUAUGUUGAAGAACUCAAGAAAUAGACAACCUUGUUCAAAUAGCUCAUUUUACCAGAUGUAAUAUUGCAUUGUUGUUAUUUCAAAAGUCUUAUUAAAAUCAUUAAAAGCAUAUUAUCAGCCCCUUAAAGGGCCCCAUGGCAGUGCUGAGCCCCUAGAAUUGUUCUAACCUUUUCCCCCCUGGCGGCGCCCAUGACCCCACCUCUCGCCCAUAGUCAGCUGGGAUAGGCUCCAGCUUGCCUGCGACCCUGUAGAACAGGAUAAGCGGCUACAGAUAAUGGAUGGAUGGAUGUUAAAUGGGGGAGGGCCAAUUAUAAGCCAUUUAGGUUUCCUCCCCUCCCCCAGCAUGUACUUUUACUUGUAUUGUUUUUUUUUUUUAGCAUGUGCGAAUAAAAUAAAUAAAUAAAUAAAUAAAUAAAGUUGCAGCCCAGUAGCUGUGUGAUUCACACCCUUGAUUUAGUGACCAAGUAGGUCACUUGAAAAUCAUUAUUGAGUGUUUCCAAAAGUUGGGAUAUUCUUGUUGCUCUGAAGUAACUGCAAGUAAAAAUAAAGAACAUUACUGUGGUGUGGGAACUAUGUUUAAGCCCGAGACCAACUCUACUGCUGUAAAUCUGAUUAACGAUGCAUUCAAUAAUCUAAUCAGACUUAUUUAUUUUAUUUCUGUCUUCCUUGGUUUAUCUGUAUGUAUGUCUGUGCCUUUGUUUGAACAAAUAUAAAACUGGAUAUGUUUGUAUUCUCAGAUGCUGUGUAAAUAUAAUGUGAUGUCCCAAUAAAACAAAUUUACAUUAAAAAAAAUCUAAUCAAACAAAUUAUUUUCAAGUUGAAGACAAAUCAUUCAGUUUUCAAUUAAGUGUCUUGUUAUUGUAAGCUUUACAUUAUUUUGCCUUGUGUGGAGCAGUCAUUGAUUGUGACAUAACUUGUAAAUUACUAACUGUGCUCGGCUAUUUCUUCUUGAAUAAAGUGCUGAAGUCGAUA